AUGGUUUUCCGCAGAUGAAGCCCCAAAUGUGAUGGUUUUUUACAAUUCACUCUCCACAUGGCCACCUCUAAGAUGAUGCCGCCGGCCCCGAAGCUACUCGUGCUCUCGCCGGCAUCAACAUUUGGCUCCGUUGCUGUGUACGCGUGCUCACCGUCAAGCCCCGUAGACGAUUUACUCUUCACCUUCGACUGCGCCCGCCGCAACUCUGUUGAAAUGGUGAUGCCCUCGCCAUGCUGCGGGCUCACCCUCCUGUAUGACGCCGCGGCGCCGGCUUACUAUGUUUGCAAUGCGGCUACAAGGGCGAUCACACGCCUGCCGCCUCACCGUGUUCCCACAUACGAUUCCAGUGCCGGACUGGGAUUUGACGCCGGGACAAGGGAGUACAAGGUCGUGAGGUUGAUCAAUGGGGUUUUCGGUGAGAAGGAGACGAUCAGGUGUGACGUGUGCACGCCCGGAGCUGAUCGCUGGAGGCCGGCAACCGGAGGGGUGCCCUUCAAAUGGUCCCAGUUUGCAAACUCCGCGGUUCAUCAUGCAGCGGUGAACAAAAUACCGCCCGUGUUCGCCAACGGAUGCCUGCACUGGUUGAUCAACCCUUCACUUAUCAUCAGAAGGCCAAGAGCUGCUAUCGUAUCCUUUUCAGUCGCAGAGGAGACCUUCGGAUGUGUCCGUUCGCCGCCGUUCUGGGGACCGAGAGAACAUCUGGGCUCCCUGUCCCAGUCAGAAGGAGAGCACCUGGUUGUGAUGGAUGACCAGCUAUGCAUUGUCCGGGAUCUUCGCAACGGAAUCCCUCAUGGCGGCACCUUGGAGAUUUGGGGACUGCUGGAUUAUGGCUCCGGUGAUUGGUCGCUGAAUCAUCGAAUCGAUUUGUUCGGGCAGGUAAAAAGAGAAUUAGCUGAUCCACGGGUUGUGAGGGUUAUUGGUAAUGUUGGCAACUGCAAGUUAGGGAAGAAGAUUGUGAUUGCUACUAGCAAGCACUUGGUUCACGACAAGUUUCAGAAAAAGGUUUACUCAUAUGAUCCUAGCCGUCAAGUUCUAGAGGGCAUUCUUUCGGUCACCGAGACGCACACCUCUCUUAUGCUCUUCGUCCCUGGUUCAAGAUUCAGCUUACUUGAAGAGAGCCUUGCUCUGGUGCAUAAAACUCAUGAAGACCUGGCCUUCAAGAAUGUGCUAAAGAAACUACGGCUCCAUGCUAAAAGGCUAAAAGAUGAAAGGUCUCUCUUGUUGAAAUCUUCUGCAAUUUAAGGACUUUAAGAAUCUUGCCAACAUUGUUCAGCUGAUACAAAGACGUCGUGAGCCCGACUAGGCGUGCUCAUCGAUAUCAGACUUUGUAUACCGCCUGUAAAGCAGGUUGUAAGGUGUUGGCCACGAGCCUCUUCUCUGUGAUCCUGUAACUGCUUUCCC